AAUCACAUUAUUAUCACCUGUAAAGCGUGUCUUGCAAGUCGAUCUGAUCAUCACCUAUCCGACACCUCUCUGUCUUUACAUUGUCCUUUCGGGUUAACUUCCGGUCCUUCAAUUGCAAAGCUGGACGUUAAUUGCUUUCAUCCUUACGCCAUAGACUAGAGUUCGUGCCAGCCCCACGGAGGGCUUUGGCAAAGCCAGAGCUGUGACAGAGCAAGAGCGAAUGGUGCUGUGAUAUGUUUCUCUCGGAGGCACCGUCAGGACGGCACGUAGCAACCGCAUACAUGGCAUACCGCAGCCCGACGGCCCCUCGGGUGCCGGGAGAGACACGUAAACCAUGGGAGGACUUGCGGAAAGAGGCGAGAAGGCUAGAGGGUGAGCUAGAUGUUAAGCUUGCAGCGUUUACAAAGCUCUGCUCUAGCUUUGAGGCGAGCUACAAGCUAAACAGCUCGGACAAUGCUGCGCUGGGAGCGGACCAGCUUGCGCAAACAAAGGCGGCAGAGGUGGAAGAUUUGCUCCAGCGGCUCUCGGACAUAAACGACGAGAUGGCGGCAAUCGUAGGCGGUAGCAGCGAUGCGCGCUCCCACACUUUGGCGCGGCAUCGUGAUAUCCUCCAGGAGUUCACACAGGAAUUCCGGAAAGUCAAUUCCACGCUGGGCGCUGCGCUGGACCGGGUGAAGCUGCUGGCAGGCAGUGGGGAAAGCCCGCUCCUCAGCGUGCAGGUGCAAAGCUCCUCGGGGGCACUGCUGCGCGAGCGCGGAACAAUCCAGAACUCAGCAAACAUGGUGGACGAGCUGCUGACGUCAGCCUCCAACGUGUCGGGCAGCCUCAUGCAGCAGCGCCGUGUGUUCGAGGGCAUCGGAGACAAGCUGGUGGCGGUGGGCAGCCGCUUCCCCGUCGUGAAUGGCUUGCUGAACGCCAUUCGGCGAAAAAAGUCCAAGGACACUCUCGUGCUGUCCGGAGUCAUUGCCGCAUGCGUCCUGUUUACCAUUCUGUACAUACUGGCCAAAUGAGGCUGCGGAUGGCAGAUCGCUAGCGCAUGCAAGCUGUGCUGGGGAUUUUGGAGUCCAGGGCAGACAGAGCUGUGCGAACCGUUUGGUCCAGCGGUUGGGGUCUCAACGGUGCUGGGAGGGGUAGGAGAACACGGCUUGUGGUCCCGUUAGGAGUGUCUUGGUCAUGAAGCGCCUGUCCGGUGUUCCAAAGUCGCGGUGCCAUACGUGCGGUUAUAGGAGCGCCAUGUUUUGGCCAACAAUUUUACGGUUUAGAUGGCUCGCAUGCUGCAGCGACCUCGACUUGGCGAAUGAUGUCUGCGCCAGGCGGUACGUACGUUGCCCGGGGCCCGGAGGCCCAAUGGGGUGGUCGGGGGGGAAUGUAAAUGUUUUUUUGGCCAUAGUGCGGAAAGUCGAAUUGCUUAAACAUGCAUCUUACCAGGCGUUAAGCAGUGAGGUGGGGUGGUUGAAGGUUGGCAUGUUCCAUGGGUGCUGGAUAGUGGUUGGUCUCCGCGGGUAGCUAGAGAUAGAAGGAAAGGAACGGCACGGAUUGUCUCGAAAAGGAUCUGGCCAGAUGUGCAUGUUACACGCUGUGCGGUGCACGGGGUCUUGGUCUUUGGGUUAUAGGCUAUGUGCAAGGUAAUUGUUACAAUUUGUACCCAUGUCAAUGCAGUUUAGCCAUAGAGCCACUUUGGGUGGCACAUGGGAAACGGAGGACUAGGCCAAAGGGGUGGAGCAACGAAUACCCCUCCUGUUGCAACUUGGCCAUGUGAUCAAACCUUUACUUAACUCGCCGCUAUGCAGCAUUGAACUGUCGAGUAAUAAUACUUUCGAUUGGCUUCCACGCAAUGU